AUGUAUAAUUAUAAUUUAUCUCAUGAGAUCAAUCAAAUGAAUAAUUAUCUUCUUCAAUAUAAUGAUUUAAAUUCACAAAAUCCUUCUCAACAAACAGCAUAUCCAAUCUCAAAUGAUCAAAUAGCAUCAAACAAUUUUAUUUUAUCAGAAAAUAAAACCAAUCAAUUAAUAGAUGAUUCAUCAAUGGAUUAUUUAGAUUAUUCAAUGGACGCACUGAUUGAAGUAUUAGUACCAACACCAUCAUAUAUUCCAAAGGAAAAAUUUCUUUACUCAAUGCUAUUGUGUUCACGAAUGAAUAUUCGACCAAGUUUAUUAUUUAAUCGAUUGGCAAAUUUAACAAUUAAAUCAAUAUUGAAUAUGACAUCAGACGAAAGUAUUCGGACCAUAAAAAAUUAUAUAUACAUCUUAUCUCAAUGGACACGAACGUUUCCAUAUGAUUUCAGAAAUAAUGAAAUGAUUUCACAACUGCAAGAUCUUUUUAAGAAAUUAAUUUUGUUUCAACCAAAUUUUCAAUCAGAUUUAGAUCAUAUUUAUAAAAAACUUCAGUUAAAACUGAAAUCGUUAGAUAAUUAUGAAGAAUACAUAAAACAAUUGAAUAAGAAAACAAUGUUUAAUUUAACUCAAUCGAAUUUAGUUACAGAUAUUAUACAUGAAUGUUCAACAUCAAUCUUAUUCGCACAACAAUUAACUCAUAUUGAACUUGAUCGAUUAAAAUCCGUUGGCGAUGAAGAAUUAAUUCAAUAUUUCAUAAUGAAAUUUGCAUCAGAAGAAUCCGAUGGCAAUAAAAAUAAAAGCUCGAAAAGUUUGAUACAUGAUAAAAAAUUGACAUUUUGUCUUGAAUUAUAUAUUCAAUGGUUUAAUCGAUUAACCGUCUUUAUUCCAACAGAAAUUGUUAAGCAUACGCAAAAACGUUCAAGAGUUAAAUUAAUAAAUUUUUUUAUUGAUUCAGCUUAUCAAUGUUUUCAUUUACACAAUUUUAAUUCAAUGAUUGCUAUUAUUAGCGGUUUAAAUAUGCAACCUGUAAAACGAUUAAAAAGAAGUUGGGAAAAAGUUGAAAUGGAAAAAUUUCAUCAAUUAGAAGAAUAUAUAAAUGUAUCGAAAAAUUUCUCAACUUACCGUCUUAUAUAUAAACUUGCGAUGGAAGAAGCUGAAAAAAAUAAAUGGACAACAGAUAAAUUUGUUAUUCCAUUUCUAAGUAUUACUCUACAAGACGUUUAUUUUAUUAAAACACAUAGUCAAGAUUAUAAUUCAGAUAGAACAAUUAAUUUUAAAAAAUAUUAUUCAAUGGCGAAAUUUAUUUCAGAAGAAUUUCAAAGAUGUAAACAAAGUAAAUGUUCAUUUGAACGAAAUGAUGAUGUUAUUAAUUAUAUAAUAACAAGUCCAACAUUCAAUGAAGAUUCUUUAAUGCUUGCAUCAUUCGAAUGUGAACCACCAAUAAAUAUUAGUGAAAAAGAUAAAUAUAAAAUAUUACAAAAAUGA